GAGUCGGGCCUUGGCGCGGGUAAUGGCCGCUGCAACCUCGCGCUUUUUUGCGAAGCGAAAGGCUUGUUUAGAAAACCCGCAACUGGGCGCUAUCCAAGUUUUAUUUUGGGAGUUAGGAUAUAGCGGAUGGGAGCAUUUGGAAUGGUAGGAAGGAGGAAUAUAUAAGAAUGAGGACAUCGUGGUUUUGAGGUAUCAGCGGCAGACUUCCAGCAGUUCUUUGGAUAUUCAAUUCGAGUGGUUUGAAGAGCCGACCAAUCAGCUUCGAUUUUCGGGACUAUUGUCAUAUAUCAACUUUUGAAGUCAAACCACACCAAUUUCUGCGGCGUAGAGAUUGGGAUACGAUGGCCUCCGAGAAAAUUGCCAGUUUGCUCGAGCGAAAUAAGGGCUUCAACGUCGCCCUUGCACCCCCCUUCGUUGCAGACAUCUCAAAACGCCUCCACACACCUGGAGGACCAGGCGGCACUGUUAUAAUCUCCUGCUCCGACCCCCGCGUCAUCCCAGAGCAAUACUUUGACUUCGGACGAGGAGUCGCAGCCGUAAUCCGCAACGCAGGCGGCCGCACCUCCGACGCUCUCCGCUCCCUCGCUGCUCUCGACGCGCUGGGGAAUACCGAUACGGUGAUUAUCGUGCAUCAUACUGACUGCGGCAUGACGCACAUGCCCGACGCCGGCGUCCGCAAAAUGCUUAAAGAGCGCGCGCCCCAACUCAGCAAGGAAAUCGACCGUAUGAAGUUUGGCGAAAUCACGGAUGUCGACGAGUCCAUCCGCCAAGACAUCGCCCUCCUGCGCGCCUCGCCGCUCAUCUCUAAAACCGUGACGAUUGUGGGGUUUAACCUGGAUAUCUUGACCGGACAGUUGACUGAGGUGAAGUGAGUUGGAGACAUGGCCGGAGGAGUUUUCGGGAAUUGACGAGGGGUUCUGGAAGGAGAUGGGGGAGUUUGCGCCGUUUUGGUG